ACUAACACAAGUUAUCCGAAAAGUUAAAUAGGGUAGGCCUAGAUCUAGAUCUAUCAGAUGCUGUUUGUAGAAUCUAUACUAUAGAUCAAGAUAAUUAAAUUUAGAUAUCUAGAUCUAGAGGUCUAGACUCUAGAUUAAGAUUUAUAUCAGAGAUGUUUCCAGGGUGCUAUAGUUAUUUCGUUUUUUAAUAAGGAAUAGAACCUGCAGUGAGCGUAUUAUAAAAAUGGACUCACUAAGAAGAGGAGACCGACAACUGGACGUUGGGAACACACCGGCCAGGACAAGAGUGGACAAUGUGGCGAUUGGACCGCAUAGAGGAAGAGGAUGUGGUAACAUUUGUGAAGACAGCUAUUACAGCAAUAGUAACAUCAAUAACAUCAACAACAACAACCACAACCUGAACAACAACAACUCCGCCUGUGCCAGAGACAGAAGGGACGAACUCGACUUGGUGAGCAAUGCCAUACCAGUUGUGAGGGACAAUAAAAGCCGCUUUCGCCACACCACCAACAACUUCAGUAGCAACAACAGCAGCAACAGCAGCAGCAACAACAGCAGCAACAGCAGCAGCAACAGCAGCAGCAACAGCAGCAGCAACAGCAGCAGCAACAGACCAGAUGUAGGCGUCAAGAAGAGCAACAUCAUCACAAUCAUCAACAGCAGCCUCGACUUCGACCAAGACUGCGCUGACACUGACAGAGAUGUUUCCAGCAAUAGUGAGCAUUCUAACAAUAGUUCAACAGCGAAUGAUGCCGAUCAUAAAUACGAGUUUUCCGCGGGUUCCUUACCGCCGGCCAAAAUUUCAGGAGAAAAUAACAACCAGUCAGAAACAGACGCAGACCCUUGUCAGAAUGCGGGGACAAAAGAAUCAGCAACAGCGGCAAAGAAAACUUCCGCUGCUGCUUCGACCUUGACCUCUGGUACUGUCGCUGGAGAGGAAAUGACCUUCUGUGAUCCCCGACAGAAUCAGGUGUUUCAAUUACUAACGGGAAUCCAGCAGUUGAGAAAAGGCGGGCAAUUUGCUGACCUCACCGUGAAAGUCAGGGGUCAAGAGUUCAGGUGUCACAAGUUUGUUCUGGCCAACAGCUCCCCUUUCUUCCGACUUAUGAUAGAGGGUGCUGAUCAUGGAGAGAAAGAUGAUAUGGAUAACGCCUCACGGAACGUCUCUGUCGAUAACAAGAGUGAUGUCGUCACAAGCGCAUGUGAUAGAAAGAAUAGUCUCAAAGAUAAAACAAAUAAGAAGGGUCGAGAUGAUGUGGGAAGAGGAAAAGGAGAGGCUGGAGAGGGUGAAGAAGGAGGGAGAGAGAAUAAAAAACGUGGUGUGAGGAAGGCGACUACAGUGGAGAGAUCUGAUGCUCUCGUUCUGAACGGCAUUCAGCCUGAGGUUUUUAACAAGAUACUAGACUUCAUGUAUUGCGUCUUUGAUGACGUCAUUUCACAAGAAAACUCUCUGGAGCUGCUGCUGGCGGCGGACACUCUCCAACUUGGUUACCUGACUCAGACAUGUGCUAGUUACAUCACGGAGACACUGUCGCCUAGCAACGUGUUUGACGUCAUCAGUUUGUGCGACUCUGGCUGUGCCCGCCUCUUCGACCAUAAAGUCAUCAGAAAGAGUCAUCAAGUGAUCAGGGAGCACUUUGGAGAGCUGUCCAGCACGGAUGAGUUCUUGGCUCUGGGGAGACAUCACAUGAUCCCUCUGGUGGCUGACAGCAUGCUGCACGUGCAGGGAGAGAUGAUGGUGCUACAGGCUUUACUCAGAUGGGUCAAAGUUCGACCUGAAGAGAGGAGCGCAGACAUGACAUUGAUGUUGCAGCACAUCCGAUUUCCACUAAUGACUUCACAAGAGCUGGAUACAGUUUGCGAAAUCAGUCUGCUAAGGGAGAAUGCCCUUGCGAUGGCCCUUGUGGAAGAAUCUCGGGCAUAUAGCACCCUGGACUACUGCGAACGCCUGGCGUGGCCCCGCCAGAACUGCAUCUCCCGCCGACUGUUCCCGACCAGGGACUUCAUCCUGUGGACGGCAGACCGGGACAAAGGCCUUCACUUCUACUCCAUCAUAGACGGCGCUCACCACAAGGUCAACAGCUUCAGCGCCACGCCCACACCAGCCUCGACGCCCUUCGUCUUUGACAGCACCUCCUCUGUGUGUUGCUAUGGCGACAAGAUCUUUUUUACUGGUGGCGAGUUCGCGACGGAUAUGAUGUGGUCUGUAGAUACAAGCUCUGGACAAAUCAAAGUUCACGCCAAAAUGCCACGCGGCCGUAAGUUCCACAGUAUGGUUGCGUCACGUGGUUGUGUGUACUGCCUGGGUGGCCAGGAUAAACGAGGAUACACAGUUUUAGACAGUGUAGACGCUUACAUCAUCAGCAAGGACAUUUGGGUCAAAGUAGGUCAGCUGUCCGUGCCUGCUUACAACAUGGCGGCGUUUCUGAGCGGUGGCGCCAUCUAUCUCCUGGGCGGUGUGGACCACUGCGGUCAGCCUCUCCGGCUUAUACAGUGUUUUGUGGCUCUCCGUUCCGGCCUGUACUCAGCCUUCAAGGUGGACGUGACAGGGAUGCCCCCAAGCCUGCUCAGUGCACGUGCAGUGACGUCUGGGCUGGAUGGUCUCGUCUACGUUGUCUGUGGACAUGGGGAGGUGUACAAGUUUGAGCCGGACAAAAGACAUCUUAGUCACGUGACAACCCUUAAGAACCUGAGCGAGAACCCUAGGGUCCGGUUUGGUUUGGCUCAUGUUGGUGGGUGCUUGGUUGUCAUUGGUGGGCAUCAGCUGGGUCACGUGAUGCAAGAACCAAUCAGAUCUGUCUGUUUAGACAUUGCUACCAAGACGGAGGUCCGAGACUACUCACCGCUGUUGCCAGGCGACAUUGUAAACACAUGUUUGUCUGUAAAGCUCAGUGCGAGUACCCUGAAUCUGUUCACAUGAGAGCGAGUUUUAGCUUUCACCCCAACAAUGAAUUUUGUUGCUGUUCUUGAAUGUGUAUGUUUUUAGUGCAUGAUCAUUACUACGCAAAAAGUAUUAUAGUCGUUCUUAUCCAUAUUCCUGUAGCUUUUUAACAAUGUUUGAAUCUAUCACAAUGUUUAAUUAAAACGAUUGUGUGAGCGAUGAAAGUUUUGAAUGAUUGUAAUGUUAUUUCAUGUGCUAUGUUGAUCUACUAUUCUGUUACCUGGGUUUUUAAAAAUUAUUUCGUUAUAUUUAAGGUCAAUAUGUACCAAAAUGCGAGUGUUCUGUACUUUUUCCAAUGGCUGCGUCUCUUUGGACAAGUGUCCAUUUAAACUCCUGUGUGUAUUCGGACACGUGUGUCCUUCUACCACGGCAUGAAUGCGAGUACCGUACAUUGUGGGUCUUUUUCUUUCUGAGAAUGACGUGCUUCUCUUUCUUUUUGGACCAAUGCAUCUUUGCAGUUUGCAUAAAACUGCAUUCUAUUUUUCUGUUAAUAGAAUGGCGAAAACCAAUAUUGUGAUUGUUUCGUUUCUUGGCGUAAAUCAAAAUGCAAUACAUGUUUUUAAAGAGGGAAAAUUAUUCUUUAGAAGGAUCGUGUCAGUGUCCGAGCAGACACUGUGUUUUCGAAUACCAGUAAAUAAUAUACUAUUUGUUCUAGUAUUAAACACGCCUGCGCUGCUUGUGUGCUUCAGAUUUGUUAAAAAAAAUUGCGAGCUGGCGUCAUGAGGUGAUUAUUGUGGUAGUUUACUGCUACCAAAGAUUCUGUAUAACAAGAUGGUUCACUCCUCUCUUUGAACCAAUUUUAAAAAAUGACCUCAAAAUCCGGU